UGUCUUGUACCUAAACAUAGAUUAGCAGAUCUACCUGUUCCAGAUCUAGGCAACAGUUUAUAAACAGUAUUUCAAAUUCCAUGAUGUCAUUCUGUGUGCAAAGGAUUUAAAAAUUAACAGGAGUAAUUUAAAUCUUCAGAUCAAAAACGGCGUUUACAGCAAUUUGGCUCUGCUUUGAUUCCUUUGAACAUUGUGAAGUGUACCGUUGUUUAUUUUGUAAAUACACAACACAGUUUAUUUGUGUUAGAAGGUUAGGUGUUCUUUUUAUCCACUAAAUACAGAGCAACUAAUUUCGAAAAUGGUUUGUGAUAAAUGUCAAGCAAAGGUUGGCAAAGUUAUUACACCAGAUACAUGGAAAUCUGGAGCAAGGAACACCACAGAAUCUGGUGGUCGUAAGAUUAAUGAAAAUAAAGCUUUAACAGCAUCAAAGAACAGGUUUAAUCCAUACACUUCUAAAUUUGAAACAUGCAGAAUAUGUCGACAGAAAGUACAUCAAGUGGGAUCACAUUAUUGCCAAUCGUGUGCAUAUAAAAAAGGUAUAUGUGCUAUGUGUGGAAAAAAGAUUAUAAGCACAAAGAAUUAUAGGCAAUCUUCUGCCUAAGAAGUUAGACUGGAAAUUAUAUUUUUAAUUAUUAAUUCCACCAAUGUUACAUGUACAAUUAUAAUUUAUUGUUAGAAUUUUUAAUAUAUGUAUAUAUCUAA